UUUUUUUUUUUUUUUUUUGUCACCCAUAAUCUAAAUGAUUUAGAAUUUUUUUUUUUUUCGUUUAUCUCGACAAAUUCAUUGAAUAAAAAAACAUGUUGGAUUCCAAACGUGGAAUCGAUCAACAACAACAACAACAACACCAUGAUCGAAUGAAUGUUGGUGAAGAAGAUGAACUACAAUUGCAAGGAUUCACCAAUUCAUUAUGGAAAACAAUCAUCAUUGGUAUGGCUGUUUUUGCGUCCGGUGGAUUAAUUGCCAUAUUGAUGUUAUUGAAACCGGCCAUCAGGAUACGAUUGACUAAAAAACGAUGUUCAUUAGAUAAAGCACAGAUUCUUGUGCUAAAAGAUAAAUAUGGUGAUGAAUUUGUGGAACAAAUGCAUGUGAUGCCAAAUUUAUCGUAUCGUUAUUUUAUGCAUAAAAAAAUCAAAUACAUAUGGACAGAUGAAUAUGAACAUUUUAAAAAACUAAAAGGUCUUGAUCAAGAAAAAUGUAGCGUUCUUUAUAGCCAAGUGGAAGGUGCAUCAUCAACGGAAGCGGCAAAAAAAUUGAAUUUAUUUGGACGUAAUUCCAUUGAUAUUGAAGUGUUGCCCAUUUGGCGUUUAACAUUUAAUGAGAUUACUGGACCAUUUUAUCUGUAUCAAUUUUUCAUCAUUUGUGUUUGGUUAAUUCAAGAUUAUUAUCAAUUUGCUGCCUGCAUAUUUAUAUUGUCCACUGUGUCCGUUGCAAUGCAUGUAUGGCAAACACGUAAGCAAUCAAUAGCAUUGAGAAAAAAAGUACAUUCAACAUCAAUGGUCACUGUGAUUCGUGAUUCAAUAUCGGUGCAGAAAAAUUCCACAGAAUUAAUACCCGGUGAUGUAAUUGUUUUGCCAAAACAUUCAUCAAACAUUCAUUAUAUGAUGGAAUGUGAUGCAGUACUAAUGACUGGUUCAUGUAUUAUGGAUGAAAGUAUGUUAACUGGUGAAAGUCUUCCAGUGCCAAAAGUUCCACUUGUUGAUAAUCCAACAUCAAUAUAUUCAUCAUCAAUACAUAAAAGUAACACUUUAUUUUCCGGAACAAAAUUAUUAAAUGUUUAUAGUAAAGAAAAUAUCGAUGUAAUGGCCGUUGUAGUACGUACUGGAUUUUCAACCACAAAAGGAGAAUUGGCUAGAAGCAUUCUAUAUCCAAUGCAAAUGAAUAACAACAUCAAACGACAAAUGAUCAAAAUGUCCAUUAUAUUUGUGUUUUUGAUUGGUAUCCCAUCGUUUAUUUACACUUAUUAUGCAUUAAGUCGAUUUGAUUUUGCCACCACCAGUAUCAUGAUCAUUGUAUUGGAUGUUGGUACAUUUUUAAUACCACCGGUUUUACCGGCCGUAUUGACCAGCGUUAAUGUACAUGCACAACGACGAUUGAAAAAGAAAGGAAUAUUCUGUUUGAAUUCACAGGCGAUUGCUUGUGCCGGUGAAAUUGAUACAAUGUGUUUCGAUAAAACUGGCACACUAACAGAAGAUACAAUCGAUUUUGCAGGAAUUGUACCGAUUUUGAAUAGAAAAUUUCAAUCAAUACUCAUUGAUAUGAAAUGUUUACCAGCCGAUAGUAUUAUUGUCAAAACAAUGGCAUCAUGCCAUUCAUUGGUUGAAUAUAAAGGCAACAUUGAAGGUGAUGAUCUUGAUUUGAAACUAUUUUCAGCUAGUGAAUGGACAUUUGUACAAGAUAUGGAUGAUUUGAAUAAAACAUUUGGAAAAAUUCCUGAACGUAUUGUAACCAAUACAUUUUCCGGUACAAAUUAUCAAUUAAUCGGUAUAAUGAAACAAUAUCCAUUUGAAUCAUUUUUACAAAGAAUGUUGGUCAUCAUUAAAGAUGUGAAAGAAAAUCGAUUAAUGGCAAUUGUAAAAGGUGCACCUGAAGUGUUGAAAUUAUUUUGCAUACCAGAAACAUUACCGGAAAAUUUCAAUGAAAUUCUUGAACAAUAUACUAGCCAAGGAUUUCGUGUACUAGCAACUGCAUCGAAAAUUAUGGACACUAUGGAUAUGGAUGAAUGUCUUGAAAUGAGCCGUAGUUUACUGGAAAGUGAUAUGACAUUUAAUGGAUUCUAUUUAUUUAAAAAUAAACUUAAACCAUCAUCCGAAGAUAUCAUUAAAGAAUUAAUGGAUGCCAAUAUUCGUUGUGUAAUGGCCACUGGUGAUAAUAUUUUGACAGCAUUGGCCGUUGCACAAGAAUGUAAUAUGGUCAAUAAAUGUGAUGCUAUUAUCCGAGUGAAGGCAAUCACCAACAAAUUAUUACCGAAUCAAAUUUCCAUCCAUUAUGAUUAUGUAAAAUAUCCUGAUUUUAUGAUCAUGAAUAAUAAUGAUGAUGAUGUAGAAGCCAAUGAAAUUAAUGAACAAAAAUUCAAUUAUCAUAUAGCCAUCGAUGGUGAAUCAUAUAAUAUCAUUAGAAAUUCGAAACCAUCAUUGAUUGAUCGUAUUAUUCAUAAAGGAACAAUUUUUGCUCGUAUGACACCGGAUCAGAAAAAAAGUUUGAUUACAAUUCUACGAAAACAGGAUCAUAAUGUUGGAAUGUGUGGUGAUGGUGCCAAUGAUUGUGGUGCAUUACGUGCUGCUGAUGCUGGAAUAGCAUUAUCAGUGGCCGAAGCAUCAGUAGCAUCACCAUUCACGUAUAAAAAUAAAGAUAUUUCCUGUGUACCAUCAUUGAUCAAAGAAGGCCGCUGUACAUUAGUCAGUGUUUUUGGUACAUUUAAAUAUCAAAGUGCAUAUUGUUUUAUUUUAUUGGGUGCAGCAUUAAUAUUAUUCUGGCAUGGAUUUCGACCAUCCGAUGGUACAUAUGUAUUUGUUGAUGUUAUAAUGAAUAUUUUACCACCAAUGGUAUUUGCUACAACAUAUCCAUAUCCAAAACUUUCACAACGAAUGCCUAUACGAAAUUUAUUGAGUUUUAUUCAACAAAUGUCAUUAUAUUCAUUUAUUAUUGGUCAAGUUUUUAUCUAUUAUCUAAUACGAACAUAUCUGAUUACACAACCAUUUUAUGUACCGGUGAUAAGUGAAGAUAUUAUUGAACAACCAGUACAUAAUCAGAUUGCAUAUGCAAUUUUUUCAGCAAAUACAAUGUCUUAUGUUAUUGCUGCUAUUGUGUUUGCACCAGGACCACCAUAUCGUUUAGGAUUUUUUCAAACAAAAUCUACAUUUGUAUGGUUUUAAUCAAUUUUUCAUUAUCAUUAUUGAUGUCAUUGAUUGCACCGGAAUGGUUUAUCGAUUUUUUGGAAUUCAUACCAUUACCAUUCGAUUUUC